UAGUUGAAGCUGAUGCAUAUCAAAGAACCACACAAACAAAACCUCCGAUUCCAAUGGCGGCUUCCUCCUCCUCUCUCGCAGUGCCGCAGCACAAGGUGUUCAUCAAUUUCAGGGGAGAGGAAGUGCGUAACAACUUCGUCGCACAUCUGGACAGGACGCUGAAAAGUGCAGGGAUCAAUGCCUUUGUAGACGGAGACGACGGGGUCGGAAAAGACAUCGACGAUCUCUUCGAGAGGAUCGAGGAGUCGAGGGUCGCUCUCGCCGUCUUCUCGAGCAAGUACACGACGUCUAAAUGGUGUCUGAACGAGCUCGUGAAGAUCAAGGAGCGUGUGGACGAAGGUCAACUCGUGGUCAUUCCCAUCUUCUACAAGGUCGAGCCUUACACGGUGAAGGGACUGAAGGGAGAGUUCGGCGAACAGUUCUGGGAGCUGGUGAGAAGCAAUCUCGACAAGGCCCGGACAUGGAAAGAGGCUUUGGAGUUUGUUCCGAGGAAGAGGGGCUUGUCAUACGACGGCAAAAGCAACGAGCGUGAGUUCAUAGAUUUGAUGACCAAGAACGUCGAGCAAGUGCUACUCAAGAUACCAGAGGAAGCAGAAGCGGCACGUGUGAUCGGUCCUCAAGAAACAGCAAACCCAGAAAUAAGCCUCGUGAUGAUGGAGCAGAUCCAUUCACGAUGCAUUUUUAGGAAUCACAACGAUCUGGACCAAGCUGUGAAGGAUAAGAUCGCCUCUUGUGCCCAAAGGGAGAGCCAGGAUUUUGUCUCAGAUUCCUUGCUCUGCACCCGCUUUCCCGGACGCGAAGUACCUUCGUGGUUCCAUCAGAAAGCGAUCGGAUCGGGGUUAAAGCCAAAGCUUCCUCCACGUUGGUGUGACAAAAGGCUUUGUGGGAUAGCUCUCUGUGCUGUUGUCUCGUUUCAGGGCACCCAAGAUCAAACUGGCCGUGUAAUAGUGAAAUGCACUUGUAAGUUCAAAACUGAAGAUGGGUCUUGUACCAACUUUAGCUGGAAUGUCGGAGAUUGGACAGAGCCAGGAAAGGUCGAGCAGCCGGACCAUGUCUUCGUAGGUUACACCAGCCGCUCUCAUAUCACGAAACGUCUCGAAGAGAAGGGCUCGAGCGGAUCAAUUCCUACGGAGGCUCUCCUCGAAUUCAUAGUGACAGAUGAUGAUACAACUGAAGUAGUUAGAAAAUAUGGCGAGGUGGUGAAGUGUGGCUUCAGCUUGGUUUACGUGGAAUCAGAGAAUGUCUCAUGUGAACGAAACAGUUACGAGGGUACAAAUGAUAGAUCAGACAGCAGUUCACAGAGAAUGUCUCCGGUGGGAAGAGCGAGUUUCAUGAUCUACGCCAGGGAUCUCUCCAUUGAAUGGUCUGAAAGCAAGAAGCGCUGGACAUGGAUUUCUGUCAAGGAGAAUCCAAACGACGAAGCCAUUGAAGUGGCGAAACUGAUAGAAGUGUACUGGCUGGACAUAACGGGGAGGUUCAUGAUGAGCGAUCUAACCAAGGGGACAACGUACGAGGUGGUGUUCGUGGUGAAGAUACAAGAUCCGGCCGAGGGAUGGCACGUGCCGGUUAACGUGAAACUCACUCUUCCCACUGGAGAGAACCCUGAACGGAAAGUGAACCUGAGAACGCAGACGAGAGGCCGGUGGCUCGAAAUCCCCGCCGGAGAGUUCGUGACGCCGGAGAACGACGACGAUGGAUAUGUCGAGUUCUCGAUGUAUGAGCAUAACACGACGGAUACUCCCAAGAAAGGCCUCUUCGUCAAAGGUGUUGCCAUUCGCACCAAAAUCCAAUGACGUUGUUUUCACCAUAUUAGAAAUUACGUAAACAUGAACUUGAUGGGAUUCCGAUCGAGAAUCCGCGUUAAAUUAAAAAAAUGAU